UCUGCCGUGCCUGCAAAAGCAAAACAAACGAUAACUUUUGGUAACAAAAACACAGGAUAAUUUCUUAUUGUUGUGUAAGAUUCGUGGACUCUGCAGUUAAUCUACAAUUUUGUUAACGUUUUUGUGCUACUGUGCUUUUAAAUAUGUGAACAAUGGCUGAUUAUGCCGAGUUAAAUGUGUUACCUCCUGGAUGGGACAGCAAAUAUGACCCCAAAACUGGACGAAGGUAUUACGUGAAUUACAUUACCAGAAAUGCAUCCCUGGAGGAUCCUCGUUUACGGAGGGGACCACUCUCCUUAUCAGGACAAACAUUUGAGUCAAUUCCGAUCCAACACGGAUCACCGCAGCUCAGCGAUGCUCGAUCAUCUUACAAUCAACCACCCUUUUAUCAUUUUCACCAGGAUCACUUAAGCUAUGGGAAAUGUAGUCCUUUGCCCUCUCGAACGUACAGCCCCCUGAUGGGAUCCAGCGCUGCAGAUUAUCAUGCAUAUAAAAUGAAUGAAAGUCCGUAUGGGAGCUCAAAUACAAUAGAGCAGUCUGUGGCGAAAAUUAGCGCUUUGUUCCCAACUGUAGGAGAAACACACAUCAAAACAUUGCUGCUCAAGUACCACAACAGGGAGGCUGUGGUGGUAAGUGCUCUGCAAGUUGAGAAACAUCCUCUAGCCACCCCUGGUCCUUACACCAGUUCCCUUUCAGGCAGACAGUAUUCUCUCCAAAUGACUCCACCUCCGGGUGGGAAAGAUAGCCCUCGAUCGGGUGUUGGCAUAAUAACAUCACCUUUUCGAAAUACAUCUCCACGGCCCCAUUCUUCUCCAAAAAUGAAACUAAGGUAUCUAAAAAGCGUAUUCCCUGUUGUGGAGGAGACUGUAUUGCUGGAUACUCUGUGUGGAGCAGAUAACAAUGUUCAUCUGGCUACAGAACAAUUAUUAACGAUGGGAUUUAACAAGAGAGACACACCAACGCCAAGAGUCGUUCUGAAGAAAAGGGAUGAAGCGGAAGAGGAGGAAGAAAAGCUAAGGCAGCUGCUCCAGUCUCAGCGCCGCUCGGUAUCAUCGACACUACCUCCUCGAAUGAGAAGUUUAGAAGAAAAACAAGACAUGAAAGUGAAACUCAAAGAACAGUUCAAGACAAUCCCUGAAAGAGUUAUAGCCCUUGCUUUAGAUAGCACCAACUACGAUGAAGAACGAGCUGCUAUUAUCUUGAAAACAACCGUAGAUCAAGGAGAGCAAGAAGACCAAACGGAUGAUUGCUGUAAAGAAAAAAUACUGACAGAAAAUGACAACUGUACGGAGAGUACCUCUGUUUAUGCCUCACCUUUGAUUGUUGGUUCGUCCUCUGAUCAAAACGUAGAUUCCAGCGCUUUAAACAAGGAAAACAUGUCAAAACAUUCAAAAACAAGGAAAGAAGUCCUCAGGAGAGUCUCCAAAGGAACAAGUGUUGCAGAAGACAAAACGUUCAAAUCACCAUUACGUUUGAAAACUGCUGGCGCAAACUCGAGCCUUGUUAAGGGUCCUAAUGAAUCGUUACUCAUACGGGAUUAUGUUCCUUGGAAUGGACCAGAUCAAAGGCUCAUCAGUCCCAACUCUAGUCAAAUUGUGCCGAAAGGGCCAAACAAAUCACUUCUAGGACAACUUCUGACAGCAGUAGGUGUGAAUAAAGAGUUGAGGAAAGGUCCUGGAAAAAAUUUGGCCAAAGGGAGCAUAUAUUCUCCAUUAGCAAGUAAAAAUGAUGACUCACAAAGUAUAUCCAUUUCUUCAUUGAAAAUCAAUUCCUAAGUAUGAACUUGGUCCUUUUUUUUCUUCUUCUUCGGGUGACACUUUAUUGAGAUUGACUAAUGUUUGGUAUAUACUUUGAUAAAAUACAAUCAUACAACCCUUGUACAACAAUUAUUACAGUUGAUAUGUUUCAUUGCCCAAGAAAAAUGAAAUUGAGGAGAUGAAACUCCUCUAACCAAAAGCUGUUUAUUUGGUUUUGGUUGUUUGAACAAAAACGUGAUAGUCCUCAUAACUAUUUUGACCUGCUCUCACAUGGCAUUGAAGAAUACUUUAUAUCCAGCAUCUUAAACAAUGAGAAAAAUUUCAAAUAAGGCCAGAAUCACUUGCUCAGUGUAGGAGCUGAAUGUGGUUUGAAUGUGGAAGUCAUCAGCCCGAUGCCUGAAUUUUGCGCGUGUCACAAAAAAAUUUAGCAACGAGGCUCAGCAACCACCGGAUAAUGUCGGAUUUGUCUGAACUAUUGGAAUAGAUUUGAUAAAAAUCUGGAUGAAAAUAACUGGAUUUGAGAAAUUUCAGCCGUUGAGCGAUGACUGUUGACUUCCAAAUUCAGCGUACGAUUGCGGCAUGAAACAAAAUUUCCUCUCACUGAAUCGUUAUUUGUAGAUUCAUUAGCUGUGAAGUAAAAAAAAGAAAUUUGAAUUUUUGAGCAGCUCUUAUGUGAAAAAUUUCUCUCAAGUUUAAGUUUCUGUCGGCUACACAUAGAGAAAUUGAUUUUGUUUGAGUUUUCUCUAAAUUGAGUUUUUAUAACCACCAAAUGUACCCUUACUCCUACUUUUUAUCAAUUUCUCUCUUACAUGUACAUGAUGCAAGAAUGUUCCUCUUCAAAAAAUCUCGUUUUUUUAAUAAAAAAAUAUUGAUCGUGAUAAAGCACCAGGCUAGACCAGCUCCCUCCUUUGUAAUAUAGUUAUCAACGCUCCCUCCCUUCAAAAUUUUAUGUGCAACUCAUGAUCUGUUUUCAAAUCUUCCUUCUCCAUCAUAAUCAUUAUUAAAGAAGCUUACUGAUGAAGUUGGGAUACCAGCAUUUAGAGUUUGUCAAACAUUCAAGCUGCAAAAUAUAGUGAGAUUUGGUAUUCAAAGCUCUCUGAGGGCCUUUCAAAUUCUGGCCAUGUGAAUAAAACCUUACAAUUUUCGAUAAGCAUACUUAAUUACAUACUUAGUCCUCUUUGCAACCUCAAGUUUUUAAAUCUCCAAUGCCAUUAUUCUGUAAAUUAAAUACAUAUUCCAUCAAAAGUUAUUUACAUGAAAAAUUACCAUUUUCACAUGAUUAAUUGCAGCACUUUUUCUCUGAAGCACAUUCUCCAACAGGUACUGGUAACUGUCUUUCUCCUCUAAGUAUCACAAUUUUUUGGUAGAUAAAAGCGGAAGUAAAGAGAACAAUUUAAUUUUAGCUGCCAAAAAAUAGAGAUUUUGCAAAUGCUGAUGCUUAGUCCUACCUUCUCCCCCUCCGCCCAAAUUUCUAUUUUUUUAUCUAUUUACCAGAUGCAUUUUUGAAAAGCAAUAUUUUUUCAAUGACCUGCAAUUAACUCAUAACUGUAUCCUUGAGGCACACUUUCUUCAGGUUCGGGACCACUGUGAAAAACCAUAUCACCGACGUGUUUUUAUCCAGCAGUCAGUCCUAAUGACAAAGCCUUGCUGAUUUUUCAUCAGGUGCCAUUAUUUAUAUCGAUUAAUUGAUUUCUCCGAAUAUAGAAUCACUUUAUGCAGGAUCAAGCCUGAGUAAGAGAUCAACAAUAAGGCCAUUCUGCCGAGUCACUGUCCACCAUAUGUGCUGGUGUGGUCGAUCAUAAUGGAUUUUGUGCCUGAGAAAAGUGUAUCUUGUACAUUCUUGUAUAAUAUCCCUAGUUUCAGUCCACCUGUGUUUUUUUUUUUUUUUUAAAUAGUAUUUUUAAUAAUAUUUGCAGCAUUGAUCAUAUAUCUUAAUUUGAUUGCAACUGACAUCAACUAGUCUGUGGAUGAAAGAUCACGGCAUAUUGGGUGUAACGAGUGAAAGAAAUCAUUGAAAAGAGGGUUUUCAAAACUCUCAUGUUGUGCACUUGUAAUUUUUCUGUUUUCAAUAGUUAUUAUGAAAAAAUUAAAGGGACUUAAUCUCUUGUUAACCCUCAUAAGAGUCACCCUUCUUGCUCCCUAUCUGUCCAAUAUUUACGUAUAUUUCAUAUUUUACGUAUGUUGCAUAUGUUUUCCUUGACUGGAUACUUUAUGUCAUCACUUUCCUGUGCCAACUGUCUGUAAUCUUAUGCUCCCAGAGAUUGCAUUUUUAAUUAGCUUUCACCAAAAAAUUCGGAGUUAAUAGUUUUCUUCUUCAAUCCUGCGUCUGUUACAAUCUUCCCGGUUUGUCUGGUUUGACAUGAAUGUAUUUUUUAAAUUCUUAAAUUAAAAACCUAUAGAUGUAGUAGAGACUGGUAGAAUUAAGUUUUGUAGUUCUUUUGUUGUUGCCACACUGUUAGUAUUUAUGUACUAACUAAUGACAUUAGUUUAAUUAUUAGAAAAAUAAGGGUUUUUAACCAAUUGUUAGUUUCUCUAACGAUAAAUCAAUCUCAUUAGUCUCUUCAUGUUUUAGUUGCUUUGUGUUUUGAACCGAUUAAUUCCAAUUGAUGUUGGAUUAAAAAGAGCACCAAUCAACUUUGUAAGGUUUGAUUUUAUUUUUUAAAACAAGUGGGUAUAAAGUAUCAACAAAAAUUAAUAAUUUAGGCAAGAUAAAAAUUUCCUCUCUCAAUAAAUACCAGGAAUCACCAAUGCUAGAAAUAUUAGACAUAAAUUAUCUUUUCCUUUAAACGGCUCCUCCCCCACUUCAAUUAUCUGAGUUCACUAAUAAGUUGGCCUACUUUUAAAGUUUCAACUUCUGCAACAUUCAUUAUUGCAUUUAGUCUCAAUAGAAGUCGGUCAACCAAUUCCUGAACUCUAUCAGUACAUGCCUUUUCCCCCUUUAAUAGAGUUUGAGCCAUGUGUAUGAUGAAAUUUUGUUUGCUGAAAGAAGAGCUCUCCUAAAGCCUUUGCCAUUUGAUUGUACCCAUGUAGGAAAGGGACUGAAGUUGUAUUUUCAGAAUCAUUUGACCAGAAACCAUUGGCAAAAAUAAAUAACCCAAACUCUUAGGACAAUCUAAAUCAUUAACUUGUAUCAAUCCUCAAUUUAUUUUCCAAAUUUUAUAAAAUUAAAGUGGUGAGAUUAUUUUUGGUUCCAGCACUAAGCAUUUAAGAUGUAAAAAGUAAGGCGAUUGAAACGGUUAGCUCUAUCUAAAGAUGUUUUCCCCUUGUUGAAGAUUUCAUAUGAGAGAUGAAAAUUACUAAUUUAUCGGAAAUGGACUUAGUAAUUUAUCCCUUUAAUUUCUAAAAUUCAUUAAGGGACUGUAUCCUUGUAAAAUGUUCUUUUAAAAAGGAUCUCCGUUCAUUUAUAAAAGAAGGUAUUGAAGAAAUAUUUUUUAAUAAAGCAUGUUUGUGUUUAAAAUCACACUAAAAUAAUUCUAGCCUUAUUAAACGAAAUAAUUGUGUGAUAUCCAAGUUUCAAAAAAAAAAAAUGUAAAGUUAAUAGGUUAAAAGCUUACGUUUCAUUGAAAAGUUUCGGUUGUCUUAGCACCAUCAUCAGGGUGAAAAGUCAAGAAUUACUCAGAACCUCAACGACCAGCCAAGAAUUAGAAGAGAGGAAUUUUACUGUUUCAAGAAAAAAUGUUACCCAUAAAUUUUGAGCUUAGAUAGUCUAUGAUUGUGGCAUUGAAUUCCUAAAUUUUGACCUUGAUGAUGGUGCAAAAACACCGGUACGCUUGGGUAUUUUUUCAAUAAAAUGUAACUUAUUUCAUGUAUAAACUUUUCAUUUUCCUUUACUUAGUCAUUGGUUACCACACUAUCAUUCCGAUUUGAAAAAAAUUCUACUAUAUGCAACAUUCUUAGAAUGUUUUUUAACCAUAAUCUCAUUGAAGAUUGAAUUUUCCUGAUUUACUUAUGCUGAGAAACGUAGCAAUUGGUUUGCAACCUCAAUACUAAUUUUGUUAACUAAUAAGUCCUGUUAAGAUAAACAGCAGAGAUGUAAAAAAAUCUGAAGGAAUAAUCGAACAAAAGAACAAAGAGAGUAUAUUUUACUCUGUUUUUCUCAAUAAAUUGCUUUCAUGGUGUAUCUUUCUUAGAAGUCCAAUUUGAUCGGUUGACAGCAAGAAUUUGGUGAGUUCAGAGAAUGAUAAAAUCCAUAAAUAAUGUUUGGAUUCCAACUGCAGGAAUCCGUCUGUUGUAGUCUCUGUUUACACAGCAUGUCUAAAUUUAAAGUUGACACUAAAUAGAGAUAUACAUAUGUCUGACGGAGUGCGGUGGUAUGUACUGAAAUUCUGCAUCUCCCUCCUUCCAACCUUCAAACCCUCAGAUGCAAUAAAAACCAAUGGGCUCAAGAGUCGAUGUAGUUCAAGUGAGAAAAGAAAUUGCUGAACACAUUUUUUGUCUAACAUCUUGUAAUCACCCCUUCAAAGAAAAUCAUCUGAACCUGCAUUUAUAUUUUGUGAGCUAAUUUAUAAUUUUGCCAAUGUCAAAACGUUGCGCAGGAACCCACUUUUCUUGAUAUUUUCAUGCAUUUCGAAAAUUUUCCUUAUGAGCCUGUCCGGCUCAGUUGUUGUGUAUCUUUCCAACCCACAAAUUUAUCAGUAUUGGCCCAAACACUGUUUUACCUUCCGCAAAUCGCUGAUGGAUCAAAUUGUACAUCAAGUUGAACAUAAACUCACUGAUUAGCUGAUUCUGCCAAUUAAAGGUAUGUUUAUAUGGUUUGCAGGCAGCUUUAGGCCCUGAAUCUUUAAAUUAAAUGAAUUUUUGUUUAUCAACAAAAAUGAAAGUGGGUAUAGACACACUCGACACAUGUUAGGGUUCAGCCAUAAUGAUUUACAUAACAUAUUAUUUUUUCAUCUCUGAAAAAUUGGAUCGAGAAAAAAAGGUUCAACCCCUUUUUUUCAAUCUUUAACAGAUUAGAAAAUUCUUAAUUAAAUCUCCUUAGAACCUUACUUUAAUGACCUUGGCCAAUGGAACUUCCAUUUGCCGCGUUUUAUGUAUUUUGAUGAAGGUAGCUUCUGAAGCUAACAACUAAUGUUGAAUAUCUGGCUGCACACCAAACCCCAACUUUUGUCUCAAUGUUAAUAGGCUGUGGAGUGUCAUAAUACAUAUGUUGUUAUUGUGUGUUUAAUAGUGUGUAAAAGGUGUAAAAAAUGUUUUAGGAAAUUUAAUUCUAGUAUGGACAUUCCGCCCAAAAAAUUUUCUUGUUUUUCUUUUUUGUGUUCAUGUUCUCUUGCAGUAAUAAAAUGUUAUUGGUUGGCUCCAUU